AUGUCUAAUCAAGGCACUCUUCCAAAUAAAUACAGUGAAUUGCGAAGUAUAUAUAAAUACUACAUAGAUUCAUAUAAUGCAUUGUAUCAGCUGAAAACUGAAAGUGAAGAAAAAAUAAACAAGAUUUACACGAUGAUCAAAACAGAAUUGAUUGAUUCAAAGUCACAUCUUCCUUAUAAUAUUAUGAAUGACAUUUUAUUUAUCAUCCCGUAUAAUAAUCGCUAUUUAAAGCCUUAUUUAUCUCUUGCCAAACUCAUAUAUGAUAAUUAUCAAGUAAACGAUAAAAUUAAUGCUCCAUUACGUGGUAGAUACCUAUUUUAUAAAGAAUAUGGAAUUAUUUUAGACAAAUCUAUUGAUUACGAUCAAUUUAACUCAGAAAAUCGGGAUAUUCAUACAGAAAAUACUGUUUACAGGGCAAUUAUGUAUAAUGACAAAGAAAAAUUCAUCUAUUUCAUUGAAAGCGAAGGAUUUGAUAAAGAUCAAAAACUUGAAAGCGAUUUAUAUCCAUAUUCUGAAAAAGGAUUAUCAUUACUUGAAUUAUGUUGUUACCAUGGAGCAGUUGAUUGUUUCAAGUUAUUAAGAACUAAAUUUAAGUCAGAAAUAACUGAUGUAUGUCUAGUAUUCUCAUUUUUAGGGGGAAAUCAAGAAAUCAUGAUGGAAUGUUUGAAAUAUCAAAAACCUGAUAAAGAAUGCAUGGAGCAUGCAAUUAUUUCUCACAACAUUGAUUUUGUUACAUUCUUGAUGAAUGAAUACAAUAUAGAGAUCGAUUUAAAAUACUGCGGAGUUUACAAUAAUCUUGAAUCCUUUUUAGUUUAUUUCGAUCAAACUAAUGAUUUUAACCAAUACUUUAUUAAUUCAGCGAGGUUCAAUAUUCCAUCCUUGCUCGAAUACUUCAUUUCACAUGGUAUAAAUAUCAAUGAAAAAGAUAAUGAUGGACAAACUGCUCUUCAUAAUGCAGCAAUUACAAAUAGUAAAGAAACAGUCGAAUUUCUUAUUUCACACGGUGCAAAUAUCAAUGAAAAAGAUAAUGCUGGGGAAACCGCUCUUCAUAAAGCAGCAAUUAUGAAUAGUAAAGAAACAGUCGAAUUUCUUAUUUCACACGGUGCAAAUAUCAAUGAAAAAAAUAAUGCUGGGAAAACCGCUCUUCAUUUGGCAUUAAUUUGUGAGAGUAAAGAAACAGUCGAACUUCUUAUUUCACAAGGUGCAAAUAUCAAUGAAAAAGAUAAUCAUGGGGACACCGCUCUUCAUAAAGCAGCAUUAAUGGGUUGUAAAGAAACAGUUGAACUUCUUAUUUUACAAGGUGCAAAUGUCAAUGAAAAAGAUAAAUUUGGAAAUACUCCUCUUUAUAAUGCAGCAUUUUCGGAUUAUAAAGAAACAGUCGAAUUUCCUAUUUCAUUGGCUUCAAUAUACUUUGCAUGUUUUUGA